GUACAAAAUCKUUUCCUGAAUUUCAGCUGAGUGGAUUAGUUUAUGCUCAUCUUGUCUUGCUUUGUCAGCAGGAGUUGGGGAACUCAUGUUUUCAGCAACUUUACAGAGCAGUGUUGAAAUCAGAAUAAAAGCAGGGACGUGAUGUUAAUCAUUUGGGAAAUGGAGCUUCGGCAAGUUUAGCACCCACCUCCUUCCACAGAAGAGCAGCUGUCAGCUGCUGAUAAAGACUCAGACACUCCUACUUGUACUAGGCGAGAACUUGCGGGAGCUACAACAUAAGCAGCUCCUGGAUCCCACUUCUCUUCUUUGGAAACAUGUCUUUCCUGAACAUAUUUUAUCAUCCUGCGUGGGUCGUCUCCACCGUAGUUCUGGCUCUGGUGGUGCGCCUUCAGCGCAGAGCCCACUGGGACCCAAAGAGCUGCUCCGUGCGCCUCACAGGGAAGACUGCUGUGGUGACGGGGGCCAAUACAGGGAUCGGGAAGUUCAUUGCCCUGGACUUUGCACGUCGUGGAGCUCGUGUGAUCCUGGCCUGUCGAAGCGAGGCCCGGGGCACGGCGGCGCUAAAUGAAAUCAGGCAGAUUUCAGGAAACCCAGACGUCCAUCUGCGACUGCUGGACGUCUCSUCCAUGGACUCAGUCAGGGAAUUCGCAAAGCGAUUUCUGGAGGAGGAGAAAGCUCUCCACAUCCUCGUCAACAAUGCCGCAGUAUCAGGUUUGCCCAGAGAAAUCACCAAAGAUGGGUUUGAGGCUUCUUACGCCACCAACCAUCUGGGACCAUUUCUGCUCACCAACUUACUGCUGGACUUGAUGAAGCAGUCGGCCCCAGCCCGUAUCGUUACCGUCAGCUCAACCAACCACCAUAGAGGUCAGGUGGACUUCUCUCAUUUUCAUGGCGAGAACCUUGUUCACUUCAUGGAUAAUGUGUACAACAACACUAAGCUACACAACAUCAUCUGUACCAAYGAGCUGGCGCGCAGGCUAAGUAACACAGGUGUCACUGCUAACUCUGUCCACCCUGGUGUUGUCAAGACAGAGGUGAUGAGACACUAUUCACUCUGGCUUCGUUGUAUUUUUAACACCGUUGGGUUUUUCUUUUUUAAAUCACCAGAAGAGGGUGCAGUCAGCCCCAUCUACUGCGCCGUGUCAGAAGAACUCGAAGGAGUGACUGGGAAGUACUUCGACAGCGACUGCUCUCUGGUCCUUCCUGCCCCUUUAGCUCGAGACGCUGCCCUCGCCGUCAAGGACUUUGAGUUCUGUGAGAGGCUGACGUCAAAGCUCUGAAACAAACUGGACUGAAAUAAUCUGGUGAACUGUGAAGAUGUUCUUUAUUCCUGAUCUGCUGGACUGAUGUGUUGUUUUCUAUCACUGCAUUACAUGUUUAAAGUUACUUAAAUGUCACAAAUUUUAAUACAUUACAUGUUUUGUAAAUAAAAUUCUGGAAGAUUCUGRAAAAAUCUGACAUUAAAUCUCAAAAGGCUGUAUUGGAUGCUUGUGAUUUUUCUGGGCCCCAGGGACCACUGCAUUAAAAUUAAAAACAUU